CCCAUCUGUAGGCAUUGUAUGCGAUCAUGACGAUGACGAUGCAUCACGUGGGAUACCGUACUGAUACACCCCUCAUCUCCGCCGCCCGCCAUCGGAGGGAAGGAAGCUUCCCGAAGGAGCAAGGCCCCACGUAAUACGGCGUCCGACGGGCGUAAUGGGGGUCCUGAGGCCAUCCACGGUGGUGGCCUCCGGCGCGCGUUCUCGUGUGUUCUCUCUUCCUCUUCUUCUCUCCCCAAGUCUCUCCCUCUUCCUCUCCUCCCCUCCAUCUCACUGGCAAGAUCCACUUCUAUUGCAAACCACUCCAUUCUUAUCCAAAACCCCACGACAUCCCGAUAUCACCCCGAUCUCCAGGGCCCGUCCGAUCUCAUUGGCGUCCGGGGCACUUAUUCGCGACCAGGGACUUCUGGUUCGCCAAUUGACUGCUGCGCGCAUCGCGGCCGUCCCCAGUAAUACCUGCCCUACGCCCGUGGCCUGUUCUCUACUGGACGGUAAGCCAAUUAUUCCACACGCCCCAUCCAUCCCCAGCGUCGCGGACCUCCGGAUUUUAGUCCAAUCGCCUGGUCGUCCCCUCUCCGUUUUCCUGUUGGUUUUCUGUUUCCAGUUCCCAGUUUCCCAGCUGCGCAACGUGCCACUGCCAUUCCUGACCCACGGUUACUUCCGUGUUGCAUUACCCGCGUCACAUCCCGCCCCGACACUGUCCCAGAUCUGCCGCGUUGGGAACUGUCAAGUGCGCAUAGCUUGCUGACGUUACCAACUUCCUGCAGUCCCGUCUGUCUCCUAACUCCCAGGGGGGAAAAGAGUUUCCUGAUUUUUGGCGCGGUAUUCCCUUCCUCAUCACCAAAUCAGAUCUACCGAUUGUGGACAAAGAAAAGAAAGAAAGGAAGCAGAAACAAAAAAAAAAGGAACCCAAUUUAUUAAAUACCUUAGAACAAUAACAAACAGAAUCCCCUGCCGGGCGCGCCCUCCAACCUCCUCGUCGAAUAAUAGACCCCGCCGGCCCUUGCUCCCAGCGCUAAGGCAGGACUACUAUCGCAGAAGCAUUGCCAAUCCCCCACACGCGCAGCCACGGUCCUCCUUCCCCGUUCAGGCUG